UUUCCAUAUCAGUUAACUGUUUAACUAAUAUCUAAUAUCAACGGUGUGCUUUCAACAAUUCAAUGGUACCUGGUACCUUAUUAUAAUAAUAUAACACGAGUGUUUCCAGUUUUGCAUUUAGCACUAAAUACGGAAGUCACUAGUCAGAAAUAACUGAAAUACGUAUAUUAAUUAUUGGACUAUUCAAAACUGAAUUGAAGUUGACGCCAUGAGCAGCCAGAAAGGAAAUGCGGCACGCAUUCGACCGCAAAAACAUCAAAAUCGGUUUGCGUUUAAAAAUAACCUCCAUGACACAAAUGUACGUACCAAACGUAUGAAUUCCAUACAAGUUCACAGUGUUUGCCCUCGGUGUAAAGACAUUUUGGAAUGGAAGAUCAAGUACAAAAAAUAUAAGAUGCUGAAAGCAGCCAAGAACUGUAACAAAUGUCAUAAUAAGACUGUCAAAGAAGCUUACCACACAAUGUGCCAUCAAUGUUCGAGCACUUUAGAACUAUGUCCUAAGUGUGCAGUACCAAGGAUUGAAUGGGCUAAAGAUGAUCAAAAAACAACAUCUGAAAAUGGAGGUGAUGACAAAAAUGAGUUAGAAAACAGUUAUGAUGAAAAUGAUGAUUCAGGAAGUGAUGCAUGCAGUAAUCCGUCCCCUAGUUGACCUGUGUAUUGUGUAUAUUAUAGAUGUUAUACCUAACUCAUUUCCAUUAUUGUUUCAUUAUUUAUAUUGGUUCGAUUAAAACUUCCUCGGCAGUAAAGUA